AAUUCCACUCACCACAAAGAGACACGCCGCUCUGGUUUUACAAGCGGGGGGAUCAAUGGGCGCAGUGAAAAUGGAUUGAAGUUAAAGCAAUUAAGAGUGGCGCAACGCCUCUGUGAGCAUAUUUUGAUGACUUAUUAAUGUGUGCAAAUAACCAAAGCCCUGUACUGUGGAAAUAGUCGAUCCGAUUGAUCAGUAAUAAACUUGAUUGAAAGGCCUUAGACUCUGGUGGAGGACGGUGGUGCAAUUAGGCGAUGAUUUGGUGCGCGCUGUGUGAGCUGUGCCGAUGCUUCACGUAGCGCGGCUCUCAGUUGGCAGCGGGGAAGUCGUGCGCUGUCCCUUUCAGCACCGACGACCGGAGGCAGCUGGAGUAAAGGGUGCUGGUGAGGGGUGUGCGCGUGCGUCCGCGGAGGCAGCACGAGCGGAGUUAAAGGAGAGGGUUUAUGCGCAAAGUGCGGGAAGCUCCAAGAGGACUAUGAAUCCAAAAUCAGGAGGACUGGUAUUUCUGGAGGGGUGAAACUGCUGAGCUCCGCAAGGAAGUUGCCUGAGGCGGACACGGACCCCAAGGAAUCUGCAGGAGGGGAGGAAGCUGGAGCUUCUCCUCUUUACACAUAGUGGGAAGAAUCUGGCUUUCUCUAUCCAUGAGGUAUCUUUAUUUCUCCUCUGUUAAUUUCUCUGUGGGUGUUUCUCACGCAUUUAUUGCUUCCUCGCAUUCCUUCAGUGAACCCCCCCCCCCAAGCUAUGAUCUGUGCAGCAUAGUUGUCAGGCUCUACUGAGGAUGUGACUUGUGGAUUACAUGCUUUAUCUCCUAAUUAGAUUUCCACUACAUCCGUGCUACAUCUCCCUGCUGCUCUUCUUUGAUUUUUGCACAAUCAUUUCUGGAAUAUGAUCUGCUCAUGGGGCUCGGCUAGCUCCACACCUGGGGUCCUUCACCCCUGCUUUGUUGACCAGUAGGAAAACUUCCAUUCCAGAAAAUAAAACUCUCUGUUUUGGAAACCUUCUAUCUGCUCCUUGUUUGUUAACUUCUCUGAUCAUGGAGCCUCAGUGGAGCCAAACUUUCUACCCCCACUCUCCCUCUGUCAUCUUCUUGCUUGUGGCUACUUCUUAUACUUGGCUCCUUCCCAUUACCUCUCCUCAACGUGUCCCCAUAGACCCCCAGCUGGCCCCUGAGUACGCUCACUCCAUCCGACUGGACGGCGAUAUCAUACUCGGCGGAUUAUUUCCGGUGCAUUCGCGGGGUGACCGCGGCACACCGUGCGGGGAGCUGAAAAAGGAAAAAGGGAUCCAUCGCUUGGAGGCCAUGAUGUUUGCCAUUGACUUGAUCAACAAGGACCCCGAACUGCUGCCCAACAUCACACUUGGGGCCCGGAUCUUGGAUACCUGCUCCAGGGACACGUACGCUCUGGAGCAGUCCCUGACAUUUGUGCAGGCCUUGAUAGAGAGGGAUGGCUCAGAUGUCCGCUGUGCAAAUGGCGACCCUCCGAUCUUCACCAAGCCGGAUAAAAUCGUUGGGGUGAUUGGAGCUGCUGCCAGCUCGGUGUCCAUCAUGGUUGCCAAUAUCCUGCGCCUCUUUAAGAUCCCCCAGAUCAGCUACGCCUCCACAGCUCCUGAACUGAGUGACAACAGUCGCUAUGACUUCUUUUCCCGUGUGGUGCCACCAGACUCCUAUCAGGCCCAGGCCAUGAUGGACAUUGUCACAGCGAUGGAGUGGAACUAUGUGUCCACGCUCGCCUCAGAGGGCAACUAUGGCGAAAGCGGUGUGGAGGCCUUCAUCCAGAUUUCCAGAGAAACUGGUGGUGUGUGUAUCGCCCAGUCCUUGAAGAUCCCCAGGGAGCCCAGGCCAGGGGAAUUUGACAAGAUCAUCAGGCGUCUGCUGGAGACCUCCAAUGCCAGGGCCAUCAUCAUGUUCGCUAAUGAGGACGAUAUACGACGAGUUCUUGAUGCCGCUAAAAGGAACAACCAGACUGGCCACUUCCUGUGGGUGGGUUCAGACAGCUGGGGCUCCAAGAUCUCUCCUGUGAUUGGUCAGGAAAGAGUGGCUGAGGGUGCCAUCACUAUUCUUCCUAAGCGAGCAUCUGUGGAUGCUUUUGACCGCUAUUUCCGAAGUCGUUCGCUGUCCAACAACAGAAGAAAUGUUUGGUUUGCUGAGUUCUGGGAGGAGAACUUCAACUGUAAGCUGGGGAUGCAUGGCAAAAGACCUGGGAGCCUGAAGAAAUGUACAGGUUUAGAAAAAGUUGGCCGGGAUUCCAGUUACGAGCAAGAAGGGAAGGUUCAGUUUGUGAUGGAUGCAGUCUACGCCAUGGCACACGCUCUGCAUCGCAUGCAUCGGGAGCUCUGCUAUGGGUACCCAGGCCUCUGUCCACGGAUGGCCAACAACAUUGAUGGCAAAGAGCUGCUCAGCCACAUUCGUGCUGUAAACUUCACGGGAAGUGCCGGUACACCAGUAGUGUUCAAUGAGAAUGGAGACGCUCCAGGGAGAUACGACAUCUUCCAGUACCAGAUCACCAACAGAUCCACGGCUGAGUACAGAGUCAUCGGCUCCUGGACCAAUAAACUACACCUCAAAAUGGAGGCCAUGCGCUGGAGGACCGGUGACCCAAGUCUUCCAGCCUCCGUGUGCAGCAUCCCAUGCCGCACAGGUGAAAGGAAGAAAGUUGUGAAAGGUGUGCCGUGCUGCUGGCACUGCGAACGUUGUGAGGGAUACCACUAUCAGGCUUCAGAGUUUACCUGUGAGCUCUGUCCAUAUGAGAUGCGACCUGAUGUCAAUCGUACUGGGUGUGUUCCAAUCCCAAUCAUCAAGCUGGAGUGGCACUCCCCCUGGGCCAUCGUCCCAGUUUUUGUCUCCAUGUUGGGCAUUAUCACCACAUCUUUCGUCAUUGUCACUUUUGUUCGCUACAAUGACACACCCAUCGUUCGAGCAUCCGGGCGGGAAAUGAGCUACGUGUUGCUAACGGGGAUCUUUCUUUGCUAUGCCAUUACUUUCCUGAUGAUCGCCACACCGGAUGUGGGUGUGUGCUCUUUUAGGAGGAUUUUCUUAGGUUUGGGGAUGUGCUUCAGCUAUGCUGCACUGCUCACAAAGACCAACAGGAUACAUCGCAUCUUUGAACAAGGAAAAAAGUCUGUAACGGCACCAAGGUUCAUCUCUCCUGCCUCACAGCUUGUCAUCACCUUCUCCCUGAUCUCAGUUCAGCUCCUCGGUGUCUUCGUCUGGUUUGCCGUAGACCCACCCCACACAGUAGUGGACUACGGAGAGCAGCGCACCCAGGACCCCAUGGCGGCACGUGGAGUCUUGAAAUGUGAUAUCUCAGAUCUGUCCCUCAUCUGCUCCCUGGGUUACUCCAUCCUGCUUAUGGUGACGUGCACAGUUUACGCCAUCAAGACACGAGGUGUGCCUGAAACCUUCAACGAAGCCAAGCCCAUCGGAUUUACCAUGUACACCACAUGUAUCAUCUGGCUGGCAUUCAUACCCAUCUUCUUUGGAACGUCACAGUCUGCAGAAAGGAUGUACAUCCAAACCACCACCCUGACAAUCUCUCUCAGCCUGUCUGCCUCCGUGUCUCUGGGGAUGCUCUACAUGCCCAAAGUCUACAUCAUCCUCUUCCACCCUGAGCAGAACGUACCCAAACGAAAACGCAGCUUCAAGGCAAUCGUGACAGCAGCCACCAUGUCGGGAAAACUGGCCCAGAAGGGAGGAGAUCGGCCAAAUGGAGAAGUUAAAACUGAACUGUGUGAGAGCAUGGAGACCAACACUUCAUCAACUAAGACGACAUAUGUCAGCUACAGUAAUCAUGCCAUCUGAAGGGACCAUGAAGGAAGGGGAUUGGACAGGAGAGGGGCUGUGUCUUGGGGCAGGGCCAAGAAAGAGAGGAGUCGUCAUUCAAAGCCCAUGGGCUGAAGAACUGGCGGAUGGACUGAGCGCCCAAUGGAAUCCAAGCAUGAGACAUUUUGUAUUGUUCCCCAUCAAAACCACGGAGGUGGGACCACGUAAACAGCCAGUCAGUGUGCCUGCUUUGCUGCUGCUCACAGCUCAUUGGUCCGACCGUGAACUUACCUGUUUAAAAAAAAACAAAAAACAAAGAAAUAAUAAAGGAAAAAAAAAAAACUAAAAAGUGACAUACCAUAGGACACUGUGGUGGACAGCAAAACCAUUAAAACCUAAAAAUAGUUUAAAAAAUUCAUAAAAAGAAUGAAAAAUCUUAUAAAAAAACCAACUCAAACUGUGUAGACAUUAUAUAUAAAAGGGUGAAGGUGGGGCUGAAUAGCAGAUUUAACAGAUUACAUUUAAAAAAGAUAUUUAAAAAGAGAAAUGUAAGAAAAAUCUAUGAGACUCAAACAUGUUUGCUGUUGUUCUCUACUUGUAAGUAUUUUUGUGGUCGUGACGAUUUUUUCAUUCUUGUCUCACCGUUGUCUGAUGGAUCGCCCGUGCAUAAUGAGAUGAGUGUGUUUCCUCCUGCUGUCUUGGCAAGCCAGGUUGUAGCCUUGGGUCAUGAACCUGUAAAAUGCCAUGGUUGAAGCAUGCCAGUUUUUAUACAAAAAGGAGAUUUAUUUAUAAUAAAGGAAUGUUUUGCAAA